AUGGCGUGUUCUCCAAAACUUUGUCGUCCGGCGAACUCCGGGACCAAUAAUUUAACGACAAUUUUGUUUCACUCAAUCCAUGGCGAAAACGUGCGGCUGUCGGCCGACUCGACGGUCGCUCAACGGAAUGGCGACUAUUGUCAGGCAUAUGUCUUUGCAGAGCGUCCCUUACGUUUGGGUCAAAAGCUUGUGAUCCAAGUUUUACAGACCGAUGACAGAUAUAAAGGAAGCCUUGCUUUUGGACUCACGACUUGCGAUCCGUCGACUAUUAAUAGCAAUGAUUUGCCCGAAGAUUCGCACCAACUGUUGGAUAGAUCUGAGUAUUGGGUUGUAAUCAAAGACGUGGCAAACGGACCGCAAGCGGGCGAUGAAAUGGCCUUUAAGAUGACAGAGAGCGGUGAAGUCCACAUGACUCACAAUCGUGAACCCGUCCAGACUUUAAUGCACGUCGACUCCACUCAACGAAUGUGGCCUUUCUUUGAUCUCUACGGCAAUACAAAUAAAGUGAAAGUUUUAGAGCCGUUGAAUGCAACCGAAAAUAAGUGUAUCAUUUGCUGCGAACAGCCCAUUAAUAGCGUACUAUACAUGUGCGGACACGUGUGUAUGUGUCACGAAUGCGCGGUCAAGCAAUGGCUAGGAUCGGGAGAGUGCCCUAUAUGUCGAGCCACCAUUCUAGAAGUGAUUCCGUUAAAGGCAAUGGGAAAUGAGUGCAAUGUUUGCUACAAACAGCCCAUUAAUAGCAUACUAUUCAGGUGCAGACACGCGUGUAUGUGUUACUCAUGUGCGGCGAAGCAAUGGCGAGGGCCCGGGUGGGGACAGUGCCCUAAAUGUCGAGCCGGCAUUCAGGAUGUGAUUCGCAUUUUCUUAAAUGAAGAGUGA